AUGGUUUCCUUUACCCUCGUAACUUUCACAGCUUUGGCUGCUGCAGUUUUUGCCUUAGUUGUCCCUGAAAAUUCGUCUCUUGACAAGAGAUCGUCCAACUUUCUCAAGCUUGACUUCGAUGUGGUUCGGAACGCUGAUGUGAAGAAGUCGAGAGUGCACAAAAUUGCCAAUGGAAACGGCACCUUUACGGAAACCCUUUACAACAAAGAUGCUUACUACAUUACCUAUGUCUAUGCUGGUUCCAACAAGCAGAAAAUUGGGGUGGAUCUUGACACUGGAUCAUCUGAUUUGUGGUUUGUGGAUUCUUCCGCCGGUUGUUUUGACAAUGCCUGUCAAUACGGAACUUAUAAUCCGCUGGAAUCUACCACCAGCAAAAACCUCAAUGAGGUGUUCUUCAUUGAAUAUGGAGACAACUCGUAUGCCCAAGGAUUGUAUUACACCGACGACAUUGGAUUUGCUUCUUCAGACUCAUCUGCCGUAGCUAAAAACCUCCAGUUUGCUGACGCUACCCGGAACGAUGCUGGAAUGGGAAUUCUUGGAAUUGGUUUUGAUACUUUGGGAGCAGAAGCUACAGUGAUUACUGGUGGUCCAACGUAUCCAAACUUGCCCUAUGUGUUGAAAAACCAAGGAAUCAUUUCCAAAGUGGCCUAUUCUCUUUUCCUUGACUCCCCUGAUGCUGCAAGUGGUUCGGUGCUUUUUGGAGGAAAAGACUUGGCCAAAGUAAAUGGAGAGUUGGUGACACUUCCAAUCACCACUGACAACGCUCUUACUGUGAAUUUGAACACCCUUUCUCUCGGCAACCAAACCGCAGAAAUCAAUACUGAUGUGCUUUUGGAUUCAGGAACCACAAUUUUCUAUCUUCCAGACGCUGCUUUCACUCAAUUGAUCGGUUCACUUCCCGGUGCUUAUUGGAAAAAUGUUAGUGGGACUCCUUUGUACUUGGUUGACUGUGCUACUCCAGUCCCAGACUUGACCUUUGAAUUCAAUUUUGAAGGUAUUACUAUUCCAGUUCCUCUUAACGACACUUAUAGUACUAACAUCACCGAUGAAAACGACCAAUUCGUUGGUUGUGGAUAUCUAAUCAGUACUGGUAACAUUCUUGGUGACACAUUUUUGAGAAGAGCUUACGUUGUGUACGACUUGGAAGAUGGCGAGAUUUCCCUCGGACUUCCAAAAUACGCCCAAGAGUCCAAUAUUGUUCCCAUUUAG